CUCGAGGCCCUGCCCACCGAGAUCGUCAACCACAUCCUCGCGCACCUCGUGCACCCGCGCUCGCGCCUGCCCGGCCUCACAGAAGCACAGAGCGCCCACGACUUCCCGCGGUCCACCAAGCUCGAGAUCAAGAACCGCGAGGACCUGACCACGCUGCCCGACGCCCAGCGGUGGGCGGCCGACAUCUUCGACUUCCAAGCGCUGCAGCACCCCUUCCACGUCCUCGCCCGCACCUCGAAGCGCCUCCAUGCCUUUGUCGAGAGCUACUGCGCCCACCUCGUGCGCACCUGCAACAUGUUCAACCUGCCCUUUGCCCACUACGACCGCCACGGCAGCGCCUACCCGGACCUGAGCCACAUUGUCUACCGUCGCCUGUGGCUGCAGCACGCCCCGCGACUGUGCAUCUACUGCCACGUCGCCCUCGACUGCUACCCGUUCCCCCUCGUGAAGCGCCUGGUGGCCGCCUGCGAGGACUGCUUCUACCGCCAGACUCUGACUGUCGACGAGGUCGAGCGCCAGUACCACAUCUCCAUGCCGACCAUGGCCUCGUCGCCCUCGAUCCGCGGCCCCGGCCCCGCCUCGCCGUGGGUCCUGCGCGUCGACGUCGAGGCCAUGGCCUUCCGUCUCUACGGCACCCGCGCCUUCCACGCCGCCCACGUCGACCAGCUCGGCAAGCCCUGCUCCAUCUGCGCCAUCACCCGCUUCGGGCAC